AUUCAAAUUUCAAAUUUUCAAAAAAUGCCAAUAAAGCAAGCAAAGCUGCCACAGUGGUCACUUUUCUCUCAAAAUCUCAGAAAAUCCCAUGGGAGCGUCUCAAUUCCCAUCUCCCCAAGCCCUCAAAAUCUGAAUCAAUCACCCACAUUAUUAUUCUCUAUUUCAAUCACUACCUCCACUUCAAGGUUCAAACCCUCUCACUCUAUCCAUCUUCUUUAAAUCAUCAACAUCUUGGGUUUUAGCUUUGAUUAAGGACAACCCAAGAUGUUAUCUUUCUUGCCAUUAACCUAACUUUAUUUGGGUUCAAGAAAAAAGUAGGCUUUGACAGUGAAAUAGCUUGAUUUUUUUAGCUUCAUAACUCCAAAUCACUCAAACCCAGCUUCUGAUUUCUCAUUUGCUUUGUUUAGAGAAACACAUUAUUGGAGAGUUUUGCAGAGCUUGAAAUUUUGAAUUCUGGGGGUUUUGGGAGAAAACCCAGUUUUAUGGGUUUUAGAACUUGAAUGCUGUCAUAUACCCAGCUUUAUCAGCUUCUGAGUUCUUAUUUGCUUUGUUUGGAGAAACCCAUUCUUGAGGGUUUUGCAGAGCUUGAAAUUUUGAAAUCUGGGGUUUUGAGGAAAAACCCAUUUUUUUGGGUUUUAGAAAUUGAAUGCUGUCAUAAACUAUCAAAUUAAGGUAAGUUUUCGACAACAUUAGAUGGGGAUAUAGUUCUGUUUGUUACAUCUUUGUGUCUUGAAAACAGUACUGUUUUUAUAUUUGGUUUCUGAAUUUGAAGGGUUUUAAGGCUGUUCAAGAACAUAGUCAUAUAGAUUGAUACAGUUUGUUCACAAUGAGGGAAGAAAAUCUUUCUGAGAAUCGAGUUAAAGCAACAAAGUUUGCUGAUCAAAAUCAGAUACCAAAGGGAAACAAUGCUAAGAGCAACAGUAAUUCUUCAAAGCCGCGGUCUUCGUGGGGGUCUCACAUUGUGAAAGGGUUCUCAGGAGAGAAAAAAAAUAAGUUGCAGUCCACUGUUCCAACCAAGAAAGUACCACCGCUCGCAAGCUUGAACGUUGUGCACGACAAGAAUCUAUUUGUGCCUUCACAUUCACGGGUGAAGCGGUCUCUUAUUGGGGAUUUAUCAUGCUCUGUCAAUGCCACACAAGUUCAUCCUCACUCGCUCCAUAACCAUAGGACCAAAGCUCCUCUUGGGUCUCGCGAUUUGUUCCUCGAGCUAGAUCAUCUGAGAAGCUUACUCCAAGAAUCAAAGGAGAGGGAAUUCAAGUUGCAAGCUGAGUUAUCAGAAUGUAAGAGGAACCCAAAAGUUUUGGACCUUGAAAGAGAGCUGGAAUUGAAGAAGAGUGAAAUUGACAACCUCGUUGAGAAAGUUGGUUUGAUAGAAUCUGAGAAAUCAAGCCUCAAUGAACAUUUGAUCUCUCUAACUUCUAGUUUAGAUAGGCAGGUGGUGGAUAUAUCAAGAAGGGAAGAACAUGAAAUUCCAAAUGCAUCGGCUUUGAAUAAUCUUGAGAUGGAGGUUGUCGAGUUGAGGCGCCUGAACAAGGAGCUACAGCUUCAGAAGAGGAAUCUUGCUUGUAGGCUUACAUCCAUGGAAUCCCAGCUGGCCACCCUUGCAAAAUCUUCUGAGAGUGACAUUGUUGCGAAGAUAAAAGCGGAGGCUUCUAUGCUAAGACUUACAAAUGAAGAUCUGUCUAAGCAAGUCGAAGGUCUACAAAUGAGCCGUCUAAAUGAGGUUGAGGAGCUUGUCUACCUGAGGUGGGUCAAUUCAUGUUUGCGAAAUGAGUUGCGCAAUGGCUCAAUUAUGAAUUCUGACAAGGCAUCAAGUCCCCAUUCGAAUGAGAGUAGUGAAUCUGUUAACUUUUCUUCUUGUCCUACUGAUGAAAUCUCCGAAUAUAGUAGCACCAAGAGAUGCAAUCUGAUUAAGAAGUUGAAGAAAUGGCCUAUUACUGAAGAAGAUUUGUCAAAUUUAGAAUGUCUGGACAAUGUCUUAGAUAAAAGUUGGAUUGAUUCGCAGAGUCCAAGAAGAAGACACUCCAUAUGUGGAUCAAAAUACUGUGCAGAAGACUUGAUAUUGAGUAAAAGAAGGCAAUCUGAAAAUUUUAUUUGCUCGAAUGAAAUUGAAAAGGAGGUGGAGCCCCUUGCUACUCAAAAGUAUGAUUUGGGUAUAAUUCAAAAGCCCCAAAUGUUUAGCAACUGCCAAGAAAUCACUAAAGUAUCAGCUUCUUUAGAUGUUGAGAAACGGGCAUUGCGGAUAGCUAAUCCUCCUCCAAGGCCUUCUUCGUGUGCUGUUUCUAAUGGACUUAAGGAAGAUGAACCCGCUCAAAUUCCCCCACCACCUCCACCUCCUCCUCCCCCACCACCUCCUCCUAAGUUUUCUGUUAGAGGUUCCACAGGAUUAGUGCAACGAGCCCCGGAAGUAGUUGAGUUCUACCAUUCACUCAUGAAGAGGGACUCUAGAAAAGAUUCUUUAAAUGGAGGAAUUUGUGAUGCCCCAGAUGUUGCAAAUGUUCGUAGUAGCAUGAUAGGUGAAAUUGAGAAUCGGUCUUCACAUCUGCUUGCGAUAAAGGCAGAUGUUGAGACUCAAGGAGAAUUUGUAAAUUCAUUGAUAAGAGAAGUCAAUGAUGCAGUUUUUCAGGGUAUUGAAGAUGUGGUGGCAUUCGUGAAGUGGCUUGAUGACGAACUUUGCUUCCUUGUGGAUGAGAGGGCAGUCCUUAAGCAUUUUGAUUGGCCAGAGAAGAAAGCUGACACGUUGAGAGAGUCGGCAUUUGGGUAUAGAGAUCUCAAGAAGUUGGAGUAUGAAGUUUCUAACUACCAGGACAAUCCUCAAUUGCCAUGCGACAUUGCAUUAAAGAAAAUGGUCAAUUUGUCCGAGAAGAUGGAACGAACUGUUUAUAACCUUCUCCGGACAAGAGAAUCGUUGAUGUGCCAUUGCAAAGAGUUCCAAAUUCCUACAGAUUGGAUGCUUGACAGUGGAAUAGUAAGCAAGAUAAAGUUUGGCUCCGUAAAAUUGGCAAAGAAGUACAUGAAAAGGGUGGCUAUGGAACUUCAAGCAAAGGGGACAUCGGAAAAGGAUUCUGCCAUGGAUUAUAUGUUACUUCAGGGAGUUAGAUUUGCCUUCCGAAUACAUCAGUUUGCUGGAGGAUUUGAUGCAGAAACAAUGGCGGCAUUUGAGGAGCUUCGAAAUCUUGCCCUUGUUCUAAGCAAAAAGUAAAAGUGGGGGGGAGGAGACAAUCAUGCUUACCAUCUCAGUAAGCAAUCAUGUAAUAUACAAUAGAACGUUACAAAAAUGCAAUGUGUGCAAUUUUGGUGAUCGAAUGUGGGUUUUUUUGGCUGUUUUUAAACUAUGCACGUUUGAGUUUGGUAUUUGCAGGAGAAAAUUUUGUACAGAGGUUUUGAAAUAGGCAACUCAGUUAAAAGCUUGAUGAGCGAAACUGCUUUUGCUGAAAACAUUAUAUAUAUAACUGUUUCUUUGCCAUUUUCA